GCACCGGUUCAGCAAUGCAUACGGAGAGAAUAUUGAGGUUUCUGUGAUUUAUCAUGUCUUCAAACUAUUUGUAAACGUGUUCAUUUUGAGUAUAGAUUGCGAUUAAAUGCGUUUUAAAUGACCUGUAAUAUCCGGGCUGUGUUAAACCCCUCAGCUGCCUUUAUCCCAUCUCUCCCGCCAAUUUGUUUCUCAUCUGCUCGAUUAAACAGGAACAUGUUGAAAUUACUAAUAAAUCUCAAAAUCUGCUUAUAGCGUGACAUUUUAAAUGUUUAGGAAAGCGGGACGUGCUUUAUUUUCCCUUUAAAAAAAAUUGUCACAAAAUGGCUGUCCCUUAAACAUUUGAGCCUACGUUCUCUCGACUGUAAACAAUAUUAACGCUCAAAUUAAAGGUGAUGGGUAGAAAGUGAAUUUUAGUCGGCUAAAGAUAUCUAUUUAAAGAUGGUAGCUCGGGAUGACGCUCAGCCUCAGGAGGAAGGGGGGAAAGAAAUGGCGCCAUAUUUGUUUGCGUCUUGGCGCCUUCAUGUUAGCUGUCGCUGCUUCUGCACCCAGGAAGUCACUUGGCGCGUCCAGUUCAGGGAAUUCCUCAGGCAGCAGCUCUCAAGCGUCCACACCCGGGAAGAAUAAGUAUACUGGUGGGAACCCCGUGUGUCCACGUCCGACCCCAAAAUGGCAGAAAGGCAUCGGAGAUUUCUUUGGUGGCCCGGGCAGGAAGCCUGAGAAGGAGAAUGUGCAUCCUGUCUCUGAUGGAGAGGAGGCUGGGGGCAGUGGCAUGUCCAAAGCACCCAGGAAGUCCAGACCACUUCCAGAUGAAGAUGAGGAGGAUGAGUAACUCUCCUUGUUGGAUGUUUGAAACUCCUGUUGGGUACAUGAACUUAAUGAAAUUUUUAGUGUAAAUCUUUGUACAUAACUUUUUUUUUUUUUUUUCUUCCAAUGUUGCUUUUCAUUUUUUUUGUACAGAAGUGUAAUAAACUGCCCUUUUUCAAGA